AAUGUUUUGCCUACUUUAACUUUAUCAAUCCCGUGGUAUCCGGAGAAGCCUUUUAAAGAUGACAUGAAAACCGCCUGCCCAAGCAUAACAACAAGCCUAAUCCCAUUACUUCAUUAAUUCGAAUUCUUUUGACAAUGGAUGCUGCUGCGAAAAUGAAACAGCACAAGACGCUCACUUCAGUGAAAAGUCCAGGGAACAACAGUGUAUCGAACGCACGACGCGACUUCUUUGAUGACCUAGGGAGUCAAUUAAAGGCCAUGCUGAAGGCAACUCACAUCCAAAGAAAUGUUUCGAGUCCAGUACCUGUACAGUCCCAUUCAAGUCUCAAGAGUAUGGGCAUGUCGGAAGUCAAUUUCGCCACGAUCGUUCUCGGCAUCGCUACGCAACAAAUCAUGAGCUAUGCGCUACCUAGGACAACACAGAUGGAUGAGAAAGAACCCCGAAACGCCCUGCCUACGUACACAACCUCGAUACCGCCGCCUCCCUACUGUUUGCGACCUUCUCCCGAGGUUCCCAGCAGCCGAGCAUCCCUCGAGAGUCUGCUCUCACGAUAUAGCCAGGUAGCACACAUGGUCUUGACUGAUGCGAGCUACGCCGUCUUUAUAACCAGGGAAGUACCUGGUGCCAUCUGUUAUAAAGUACAUAACGAUUUGGCGGUAAUCUGUGGGGAUCCAUUAUGCGAGCCAUACCUCUUCGACAGUGUACUACGAGAGUUCCAGCUGGAAACCGGCAGGUCGACGCGACAAAUGGCAUUUUUGGGCAUGAGCGAGACGUUCAAGCAGUUCGCUAUUGACAAACAAUGGGUUUCAAUCAACUUUGGCAUCGAAAGGACAUUGAAUCCUGUAACCAACCCAAUCCUAUCUGGGGCUUGCAGUAAACGCAUCUACGCGCAGGCAAGACAACUUCUCGACCCACAAAGAGGAGGAUUGGAGCUUGCGAUGUACGACCCAGCUCAUGAGCAGAAUGAUCAGCUCGAGUCCGCUAUCAUGGAUAUAUAUAACCAGUGGCAUCUAUCGCGGGAAGACUCUUCAAAGGUUCAAUCAUACCUCACGUUGUUCGACUUCCGUUCCUAUCCCGGCGAGAUUUUUUACAUCUACAUCAAGGACAAGGACGGAAGAAUUCAUGGAUUUGGAGGCCUACGAAAACUUGGAAAGAACCAAGGGUAUCAUCUUGACCCUUGCGUCGAAGCUGUUGAUGCACAGCGGGGAACGGCAGACUUGAUUGUCGUAGCGUCGAUGUCACUUCUCAAGACCUUGGGUAUUGGUUGUUUAAGCCUAGGCUACGAGCCCGUGGCCGAUAUAAACAAUAUGACCGGAACAUCAAAGUUGACAAGUCAAGUCUUGGGGACUUUGUAUCAACGACUCAACGACUCACUCCAACUGGAGGGCAAACGCAAGCAUAAUGAUCGAUUCAAGCCAGACGACGCGCAAAACGCUAACCUCUAUUUGGUAUUUCCGACAAAGAGACUGCCCCGGCUACAGCAGCUUCUUGCAGUGCUAGCAACAGUGCAUUUGGAUAUCCAGAAUUCCCGGGGGAUUGCUUCGGCCCUUGGGUUUAGAUUUCCUUAAGGGUGCUGAGUCGGAUACUGCUGUGUUGUCUGGGACAUCUGUAGGAGCGACGAUCAUGCUCAAAGAGUUAGUUG